GACGCGACAGCAGCUGACAGGCUACACUGACUGGCACUCAGGAGGGAUCUCCUUUCUAGUGCUCCUAGGGGUCAGAUCAUCAGGAACCCCCUCUUACUUAUUCUCUUGAAGAGCUACUUCACCUCCCUCAGCCUCCUCCGUCCUCUCCUCUACCUCCGAGGCAGCAGUCAUGAACUGGUCUGCACUUGAGGCGCUCCUCAGCGGGGUCAACAAAUACUCCACCGUCUUCGGUCGGGUCUGGCUCUCGAUGGUGUUCGUCUUUCGGGUCAUGGUGUUCGUGGUGGCGGCCCAGCGAGUGUGGGGUGAUGAGAGCAAAGACUUUGUUUGCAACACCGCCCAGCCGGGCUGCAACAACGUGUGCUACGACAGCAUCUUCCCCAUCUCCCACAUCCGCCUGUGGGCCCUGCAGCUCAUCUUCGUCACCUGUCCGUCACUGAUGGUCGUCGGCCACGUCAAGUACAGAGAGAAGAAGGACAUGCAGUACACCGCCUCCCACAAGGGCACCCAUCUGUAUGCCAACCCUGGGAAGAAACGUGGGGGGCUGUGGUGGACAUACCUGGUGAGCCUGAUUUUCAAGGCAAGCUUCGAUGCUGGCUUCCUCUACAUCCUGUACCACAUCUACGAUGGUUACGACAUGCCCCGCUUGUCCAAGUGCUCCCUGGAGCCAUGCCCCAACACAGUGGACUGCUACAUAUCCCGUCCCACAGAGAAAAAGAUCUUCACCCUCUUCAUGGUGGUCUCCUCUGCCUUCUGCAUCCUCAUGUGCAUCUGUGAGAUGAUUUACCUCAUCUGCAAACGCAUCCAGAAGCUCAUUAGGAAGAAGGCCGAAGCGGACAGGAGGAUGUUUGCAGAGAGUCACGAGAUGGCGCCACUGGCAGCGCCCAGGUCAGAGUACAGGUCCAAAGCAUCACUCAGAGUGGAUCCCACAGCAUCCAUCCAGAACCUCACCAACAUCAAGACUGAGGAGGGACCGCCUCCUAAGAAGUAAUGACGUUUGGUGUAGUGGUGGCUGUGAUGAAAAACUAUGUAUUCUAGGUGUCACUGCAAGCGAGCGCAUGCAUCAGACUCCACAGAGAACUGCCGCUCAGCACCAAAGAUAACCAUCACUUCAGGGAUUUCUGAGACAGUGAUUUGUAAAUAUUAUCAGGUUAAAUGAGAUUCUGCAGGAGGGCACACCUUGUGCAUGCAAAUCUACUCCCGUAAACGGAGGAUUACAGAGGACGUUAGAGGCUAUCGAAUGUUUCUUUUGGAAAUGGUGUGCUGUGUAUGUACGAAUGUGCAUCUGUAUCUGUGUUUUUGUCUCUGUACCAUUGUCCAGUAGUAGGCUUAAGAUGGUAAAUCAGGCAAUUUGUUCAUAAAAUUAUGAAAGGUUGAAAGACCCCAAGUGAUGUAAAUACACAAUAGACAGUAAAACUGUUUGCCUGCACAUACACACUACCCACUAAUGAAUAAACCAAAUAAAACAGAGCACUUUCUUUAGUUGUUGGCACAGAAAUCAGCAGAAAAGGGGUGUUUUGUUGUUAGACAUGGAAUAUGAAGAAAAUGCUCUUUAUUGUUCAGGACUCAGUUCGACGCCUAUUGAUGCUGUGCUUUCACACUAUUAAAUCAGAGUUCUUUAAUGAAGGUGAGACAUACGCGAAAUUAUGGCCGCAAAAACUGUUUUAUACCGACACAGAAUAAGAUUGUAGAUAAUGAAUUUUUGUUUUGCAUUUUGUAUUUAUU